AUGAAGAAUAGUGUAAAGAUGUUCGCCGCCCUUGGCGGGUUUCUCUUUGGGUAUGAUACCAGUGUCAUCAAUGGUGCUAUUUUCCAGAUGAAGGACCACUUUGGAUUAUCCGAGCACUCCUGGAUUGUCGGCCUCAUUGUGAGCAUUGCGAUUGCUGGUGCCUUUGUCGGAGCGUGUAUUCCCGGACUCAUCUCUUCCCGCUGGGGACGACGCCCGUGUCUCACCAUUGCGGAUAUUCUCUUUGUUGUUGGAUCUGUGUUAAUGGCUGCGGCUAAUGGUGUGGAGAUGGUGCUGGUCGGGCGAGCCGUCGUGGGUCUUGGGAUUGGAAUCAGCUCCGCCACAGUUCCGGUUUAUUUGGCAGAAGUUACCCCACCCGAUGCACGUGGAGCCACUGUUGUAUUUAAUAGUAUUUCUCUGACAGGCGCACAACUGGUGGCUUCUGGCGUGACGGCUCUGUUGGUGCAGUUUACACCUAUUAACAUUGGUUGGCGUGUGGCUCUUGGACUUGGUGCGUUGCCAGCAUUGAUUCAAUUGGUUGGUCUUAUCUUUUUUCUUCCAGAAAGCCCACGUUGGUUACUCUCACGUGGUAAAGUUGAACUGGCACGUGAGGUGGCAGCAAAGUUUGAUAUUGAUAUCUGUGAUGUACAGGACUCUGUUGAGAUGGAGCCAGUGACGUUAAACUAUCGCGAUCUCUUUACAAAGUCUAUGCGGAGACGCAUGUUUGUUGGUUGUAUGCUCCACGUUGUACAGCAGUUCUCUGGUAUUAAUACUAUUAUGUACUACAGCUCUGUGAUAUUAUAUGAUGCGGGAUUUAAAGAUCCUAAAACACCUGUGAUCUUAUCUAUUCCCCUUGCUGGAAUAAACACCAUCUUUACAAUCUUUACAGCAUUUACAGUAGAUCGAUGGGGAAGACGAUUACUCUUACAGAUAAGUGCCUAUGCAUGUUUCUGUAUUACCAUUGUAAUGACCGCUAUUGGAUUCUGUUUGGGUAAUCAAGUGCCAUAUUCUACAGGUGGAUGGGUUUUUCUUUCCUUAUUGGGACUCUAUCUCGCUGUAUUUGCCCCUGGUCUUGGUACGAUGCCGUGGGUUGUGAUGGGUGAAAUCUUUCCAAAUCAUUUACGUACAUCCGCUGCUUCUAUUGCAACAAUGAGUAAUUGGGCUUCUAAUGCGGUUGUCUCUCAGGCAUUUCCUUCUUUAAUGGGAUCUAUUGGAGUGGGUGGCACCUUUAGUGUUAUUUGUGGUUGUAUUGCCCUUUCUGCCCUCUUUAUUCAAUUCUUUGUGGUGGAAACCAAAGGACUCUCACUAGAGGAGAUUGAAGAAGUAUUUGAGUCAAAGUACAAUAGUGGUGAUGUUGUCGAUAAUGCGAUUGAGCCAGAAAAUAAUUUACUCCCCUCAACACAGGAAGGUGAGUUCAAAAAAGAUUCUAUAUGA